CGCUGCCAAUUAGCCAGUCGUUCUCAUUAGUGUUCUCAAAAAAGUCAAAACGACAAAAUUAAUUCCGAAUCCAAGAUAUCAAAACUAAAAUGUUUCAUUUCAAAUUGGCUAUUUUUGUGACACUUGCCGCCGCCACCUGCCUAAGUGUGAAUGCCAAAUUUCCUGAUGAACCAAAACCAUGUCAGUAUGGCGAUGCCGAUUGUAUUUCCAAGGCUAUGGAAUAUUUUCUACGCCAAAAGAACCAGGGAGAGGGUUCCAUAAAUCUAAUUGCCAUCGAUCCAUUGGUCAUUAAGGAAAUCAGCAUUAAACAGGGAGCCGAGAGUCCGGUCAACAUCGAUCUGCAGUUUAUCAACAACAAAUUGAUGGGUUUGAAAAAUGCCAAUGUUGUGAAAAUUAAGGGUUUCGGCAAGGACCUAAGCGAGAAACAUGAAAUCCAUCUCUCCGUUCCCGAAAUUGAAUUGGCCGGCAAUUACAAGGUAGAUGGCCGUAUUUUAGUAUUGCCCAUAUCUGGUAGUGGCACUAACAGCAUUAAACUAUCCAAUGUCCUCGUGAAAAUGCAAUUUGCCGGUGUCCCAAUGGAAAAAGAUGGCAAAACCUACAUGAAAGUUGAAAAAUUCCGCAUGGACUUGGAGCCCAAAGGCAUGCAUUUCAAAAUUGACAAUCUUUUCAAUGGCGAUAAGGCCUUGGGCGACAACAUGAAUUUGUUUUUGAAUGAAAAUUGGCAGGACAUCUAUCGCGAGUUGAGAGCAUCCAUAACAUCGGCCUUUGGCAAAGUUUUCCACACCGUCAUCGGUCAUGUAUUCACCAAAUAUCCUUAUGAGGAAUUCUUUGCCCAAUAAAAUGUGAUAUUAGUUAGUUGUAGGAAAUAAAUAAGUAUUUUAUAGGAAA